AUGGACCCCCGCCACGGCGGCAAUCGCGAAAAUGAUCGAGAUGCUCGCCUCUUCACUGGCUUUCCUAUAAGCGUGCACCGGCUUAACGCUGUAACUCUCUCGAUUGGGAUUGUGAUAUUCACGAGCGAUUGGUGGGGCUGUUUUAUCUCACUAGCCCGGGAUAUUCUCUCGACUCCUGCAAGCGGUGCUGGUGUUGAACGGCUCUUUAAUUGUGCCCGUGAUAUCUGCCACUAUCGCCGAGGCAAGCUCAAACCUGAAACAGUCAAAGAGCUUAUGCUCCAUUUCUUCUCCUCCAAGUUUGAUCUCCAGCAAAGCGAGCUUGAUCUAAUUAAGGAGUAUACCUCAGAGGGAGAGGCUGCUAUCCUUAAUGAGUCUUGGAAGCCUUCUCCAUCACUGAAUGACAUUGAUCCUAUUAGUGACGAUGAGGAGGAGGGUAGACAUCAAACUGAGGAGCUACUAGAUGAACCAGAGAGUGAUUUGGAGACUGUAGCACAUCUUGCACAGACCACAACACAGAGUAAGAGACCACGUCAGGCUAUUGAGCCUCAAGAAAGUGAUGAUGGUGGCCUUCCUCUUCCUGAAAUACCAACUGAGGAGGCUACGCAGGGGCAAUCGGGGAGGAUUCGGAAGAGGCCAAAGAUGCCGGAUGGCUUUGAGAUAGAAAAAAAAUCUGAUGUAAAUAGUCAAGAUCAUGUAAACUAG